GACAGAGAGCUGCUGGGGUCACUUUUAGAGGUAACAGUGGAACAAGAUGAUGUGACUCCAACCUGUAACAGAGAAGAAAAAAAAAACUGGGAUUUUGUGUUGGCUUGGCUGUCUAUGGCUGAUUCUGUGAUAGUACUGGCCACCAGUCUAUCUGCUGUACUUUUAUUUAUUUUGCUGGUUGGCCUGACAGUUUAUCUCUUGUGGAAGAAGAAACGGAACCAAACACGAUAUCAACAGCUGAUCAGCACUAAACCAACUAUUCCUCCAUGCACUCCAUUUCUCCAAACAUCACAUGGGAGCAGCUAUGGAUUGGCUGAUAUUCCAUUCUCUCUGCCACCACGUUUCAAGAGUGCACCCCAUGCAGGACUGUCAGAAGGAAGGGAGGAAGAAGAGCAAUGGGAACAGCACCCACAUCUCCAUAACCAGCGUGGCUCUCUAACAAUAGGCAGCUGGUUUCCACUGGGCAGCUUGAGGCCAGACCUGUAUCAGUUGCCUGAGGAGCCCAGUGAGUGGGCUCAGCCCAGUGGCUCCACUGUACGCCUGUGUUUUGCUGUGCAAUAUCAGCAAGAGAAAGAGCAGCUGGUGGUUUCAUUGCUGCGAGCAGCCAACUUACCUACCCAGUGCCAGAACAAUACCACACUAGUAAAACUACAGCUCCUGCCCUCUGAAGACAGACACCAUCGUCAGGCCAAGGCCCGGUGUAAGGGGUGCCAACCCCAGUUUAACGACAGCUUUGUGUUUCAGUUGUCUAAUAACAACGUUGAUCAGUGCACAUUGAGCAUGAGUGUGUACAGUGUGGAUCGUUUGAGGAAGCACCACCUAGUGGGCCAUGUUUUUUUACCACUCAGACAAUCAGAACUCCAACUGGUAGCAGGGAAGGUCUUGUGGAGAGACCUGAAAACUGAGAAUCAUCUGCCCCUGUCAAAGAAUGGCAAUAUCCAAGUAUCUCUGAACUAUAGCCAGUCUCUACAGCGCCUCACUGUGGUUGUUCUUAGAGCUCGAGGACUCCAAUGUCCCAGCAAUGCUGAUGUUACUGUCCAGGUUUCUCUGCAGAUACACACUCAGGUGGUGAAGACGAAGUGGACAUCAGUAGUCAGAGGAAAUGAUCCAACAUUUAAUGAAAAGCUUACCUUCAGGCUUUUAUCUUUGCAACAUGAUGCAGCCUGUCUAAGACUAGAGGUCCAGCAACUUGUCGGUGAAGUGCCAGCUAAGUGUCCACCAGCCAAGGCACCAGUGUCACUCGGACUAUUGGUCAUUGGGCCAUUCAUGUAUGCCAGAGGCAGGGAGCUGGAGCACUGGAAUGAGAUGAUCAGUAAAUCACCAGAGCUGGUUAAGCAGUGGCAUGGACUGGGAACACCUAAUACCACUCAGAAACCAACCUAAAUGACAGACUUCAAACCCAAUGCUUGCUUUUUUACGACAAUAAUAGUAGUAGCAAUCACUUCGAAAAUGUUCACAAGCAAGUGUGGUUCCACAUAAAAGCAUGGAUCACAAAUGACACUUGUAAACACUUGUAUAAACAAGGCCCUUAACCCCUCAGUUGCUUGCACUGUAGAUGACAAAUUUGAAGUAACUUUGGAUAAAAGCAUCUGGUAAUGUUAACAUGUGCUGAUGAGAAAAGGCCUCUAUCUGCAGUUGAUCAGGACAUUUAAUAAAUUCAAUACAGAA